AUGGUGUUCGAAAGCAUUGUCGCCGACGUGCUGAACCGAUUCGUCGGUGAGUACGUCGAGAACUUGGACAAGAAGCAGCUGAAAAUUGGCAUCUGGGGAGGUGAUGUCGUGCUCAACAAUCUUAUUUUGAAGCAAAGUGCUCUCAAAGAGCUCGAUUUGCCUGUGACGACUUUGUACGGACAUCUGGGAAAGCUGGUGUUGAAGAUUCCCUGGAAAAAUCUUUACAGUGCACCAGUGGAAGCGAUCGUAGAUAAGCUGUAUGUGUUGGCCGUGCCUAAUACCGACGUUCGGUACAGCGAGGAAAAGGAGCAGCGAAAUGCAUUCGAAGCGAAAAAAGCUGAGCUGGUCCGCAUUGAGCAGGCGAAGAAAAACGAGGAAGACAAGGAGAAGGUUGGUCCGGUGGCGGACAAAUCGUUUGCGGAAAAGCUGACCACCCAGAUCGUGAACAAUGUGCAGAUCAAAAUAUCGGACAUACAUAUUCGGUACGAAGAUACGACUACCACCGGGCAUCCGUUCGCGUUCGGUGUGACAUUGAGCAAUCUGAGCGUGCACACAACGGACGAGAACUGGGUGCAAACGUUGGUGUCGGAAUCGGUGACGAAGAUAUACAAGAUGGCCCAGCUGGAGAUGCUUUCGGUGUACAUGAACUGCAACACUCAACUGUUUCAGAAUUCUGAUCCGUCCGAGUACCGAGCCCUGUUCGAAGCGUCGAUUGCAUCGAAAACGCGACAACCAGUCGAUUAUCACUAUAUUUUUGGACCGAUCAGUUCCGGCGCGUGUCUCGAAAUGACACCAAAUCCCGAGCUGGGCGAAUCACCAUUCACGUCGCCUAAAAUCAAAUUAAAGCUCUGCAUGGAAACGCUUGCGAUCGGUAUUACACGAGUACAGUUUCAAAACACCAUGCAACUGGUGGAAGCAUUCGGGCGGAUGAUGCGUGCUAUGCCGUACCGGAAGUACCGACCAUACGGAUUCGGCUACAAGGGCAACUUCAAGGAAUGGUGGCACUUUGCGUAUACCUGCAUCUUGGAGACGGAAGUGCGUCGCCGCAGACGGAACUGGUCGUGGGAAAAUAUGAUACGACACCGUCAAAAUUUGCGACGAUACGAAGAAGCGUACCGGCAGCAACUGACGGCGAAGAAAGUAACACCGGAGAUCGUGAGCCGUAGCGAGGAGUACGAGAAAAUACUCGAUCUUCACAACAUCGUCGUCAUACGGCAGAAGGUAGCAUUGGAGGUGGAAAAGGAAGGCAAGCGCCAAGCGGAGGAGCAAAAGUCGGCCGGAUGGUUUAGUUCUUGGUGGGGUGGAGGAGCCAAAAAAGAGGAAGAUUCUGCUGGCGCUGACAUCAAGAAACAGUUUGAAGCGGCAAUGACACCGGCUGAAAAGGCAAAACUUUUCCAAGCCAUCGGGUACCAGGAGAAUGACGCACCUACUGAGCUACCGGAGCAUUAUGUGGCUCAGAUAUUGGAGUUCGAGUUGAACUCGUUGGAAGUUUCGAUCAAAUCGGAACUAUCCGAUAAGGAAACCGUUCUGAACCGUGUGAUGUUGCUGGAGUUGAAGAAUGUUAUCUGUGGUGUGGAACAACGCCCAUCAGCGGCCGCUAUGAAAGCAUCACUUGGUAUGCAGGAACUUUCUAUUUCGGGCCUGCGACAAGGUGAGAUACUUCCCAUCAUGGUGAAAUCCCAACUCGAGGGAUCCAAGACACUGUUGGACGUGUCUUUCGAAACAAAUCCAGAGGAUAAGCUAUGCGAUCAGCGAGUCGUGGUCACUUCCAGACCGCUACAGAUCGUGUAUGACGCUGAAACCAUAAUUCAACUGACAAAAGUUUUUCAAACACCGCGCACGGCAACAAUUUCUCAGUUAACUGAUGCAGCGGCCGAAAAGUUGGUUAACAUUAAAGAACGUUCCGCGACUGGGUUACAGUACGCUAUUGCAAAACAUCCUCGCCUGGAACUGAACAUUGAUAUUAUGCCCAGUUACAUCAUUGUACCUCAUGGUGGCCUAUUCUCGAGCCGUGAAUCGGUAUUAGUGCUCAGCUUGGGUAAACUUUUAGUCCAAACCGAACCACGGCCAAUCAACCAAAGAGAUGUACACACGAUGCACGGUGAAGGUGUCGGACAGGAAGAAAUAUUGUCGGAAAUCAUUCGCCAAAGUUACGAUAAGUUUGUGCUAGAGGUACGCGACGUUCAAGCGAUCGUGGCCACAUUCGACGAGGAUUGGCAGGGUACGCUACGGGUGAACACUGUAACGGAAAUGCAUCUGUUGGAGCCAACAUCGUUCCGAAUUUCGGCACAUCUCUGCGUCAUCGAUGACGAUCCGCGGCUCCCGAAAUGCAAAAUAUUCGGUGUACUCCCGUCGGUCAAUAUUUGCGUCACUGAGCAACGUGUGCUGGAGGUGUUGUCGAUUGUGAGCAGCAUUCCAUUACCCGAGAGUGACGAAAAAAUACAACCAGCUCCGAUCGCAAAGGAUUCGAAUGUGUUCAGUUCCAGUUUGUCCCUGCUGAAAUAUCUAGAUGAAAAGCAGGUGAAAUUACCAAAAAUUCAUCGUUCGCCCGAUGCACUCAAUCCGACCGAUGCAGUCGAUGGCGAUGUCGUGCAAUUUACCGAUAUGGAAAUAAAAUUCGAGCUGCACGAAUGUUCGCUAACGAUUUACAAAAUGAACGGCGGUGGAACCGGUAGCAGCUCGUCCGAUGUGUUUGCUACACCAACUGAAGAAUUUUCGCAGUCACCUGUGGAGCAUAAUUUUCAACCGCAGAAAAGUGUUGCCUUCAGCAUGCCCUACACUUCUGUUGGUACGAAUCAGCGGAAAAUAAUUGCCUUCAAGGUAAAGCAACUGGAAAUGACGAUGGUGCAAAGAACGUACGAUCUGAAGGUUGCUCUGAAGCUUGGCGCAGUAACGUUGGACCAGUUCCGUUGGCGCAACGAGCAGGAACGUGUGUUGAAUGUCAUUCAAACGCCAAAGUACGAUAACAACGACGACUAUCUUUUCAUCGUAAACUAUAACAAUUGUAAGAAAAAUAGUCCCGAGUUCGCGACGAAGUAUGAAUCGGUAGAACAAGAGGUGGCUAUCGAUUUCUCUACCCUGCUGUUGCUGCUGCACGAGGACGCUCUCAAUGAGUUGAUCCAGCUUGGCAACGAUUUUCAGGUACGGAUGGAAGCGGUGGCAAAGAAGCAAGAAUCGGACUCAAACGGACAGCAGCCGAAAGAUCAUUUUGCCACGAUACACGAAGAAGAAAGUGCCGCGACCGCAUUGUUGAAUGCGGCUCGCGAAAGAUUACCGACGAUAUUGGAGGAUGAUGGUGUUGUUACUACCAGUUCCAACAAAGUUUCUCGUAAACGUCGAUCAAUUGUAGAUAGCAUCAAGGUCAGGGUGGUAGCAAAGCUGGAGGAUGUCACGGUGGAGUUGCAAAACGAUAAAAGAUCGUUGGCCGUUCUGGAGGUAAAAAAUCUCACCAGUAGCGUAAUUAUGAAGAGCUCGUACACAGAAAUAAAGCUACGGUUAGAGGACAUAGUUCUUACCGACACUAAUCCCGACACAAUACACAGCAAGAUAGUGUCCAUCAUUGGCGAUGAUGCGCUGCAGGUGCAGGUGAUUUUGUUCGAUCUUGACGCUACAUCGGACUACAACUCCGAUAACAUGCGAAUCGAAGUGGUGAUGGGAUGUGCACGAAUUGUGUUCCUGAACUGGUUUGUUACAUCCGUGCUGGCGUUUUUGGACAAUUUCCAGGCUGCCCAACAACGCAUUAAAGACGCAAGUGCUGCUGCAGCCGAAGCAGCAAAGAACAACGUUGUCGAAGCAUACACGCAGGCUACUCGCAUGAAGCUUAAUAUUAAGGUGAAGGCUCCGAUUAUUAUCAUACCGGUUGACUCGAGGAGUUUAAAAGCGGUCGCAAUGGAUUUCGGUCAUCUAAGCAUUACUAAUAAUUUCCGUGAUAUUCCAACUGAGAAUCAGCACGGUCCUGCUGUGAUUGAUGAGAUGAAAAUAGAGCUGAAGGAUAUGAAGCUAGCGAAGGUGGAGGUUUCCCAUGCGGAAUCUAGUGCGGAAUCGUUUUCGCGGUACGGCUCAGAAGAUGUGUGCUACGGGCUCGUACCGGAUCAGGGAGCCGUCCUCAGUCCAACUAGCUUUACGUUGAUCAUGAAGCGUAAUCUAUCUUCUGGUUGGUAUCGCGAUCAUCCAGAUAUGGACAUUUCAGGUCGUUUGAAGGCUGUUGAGCUGAAUUUCAUCGCCACCGAUUAUAGUGUAAUAAUGCAGAUCCUGUCCAAAAAUAUGACGGAGGGCCAGAAUGAGUUUAAAAAGCCUGCAAAAGUUGAAAAAUCACCCACUAGUCCACAAGUGUGCUACAAUAACACGGUUACUACAACUGCUGAAGUAAAUCUGUCGCCUGAUGGGAAAUCUAAUUGGUCGACAGUGGCCAAGAAAGCAACGGCCAAACCAUUCGGUGUGGAUGUGAUGCAAUUGAAGACGGCAGAAAACAAAUCUUCGGACAAGGAGAAGGAAACGGCCAAAGUUGACACGUUUCUUAAAUUUAGUUUUCAAGUGGACAGUAUCAACAUUAAACUUUUCACCGCUCCUGGAGAGGGUCUAGCCGGUUUCGAAGUGUUUUAUUUAUCGCUGCAGGGCAGAAAGCUUACGGACGGUAGUUUAAACACAGCAAUAGUACUUUGUGAUAUACGGCUUGACGACAUUCGACCAAAUCGUGAAAACAUGCUCACCAGAUUAAUGGAGCGUCGAUCACAAGAUACGUCGUUGGAUAUGUCCAGCGGGAAGCAAAACGAAGAGGAACCAGAAUCAUCGAUGGUAUCGCCUUUACGAUCCAUGAUAAACAUCACCUUCAACAUGAAGGAAAGUGAUAUGUUUGCGGACGUGAAGGUGUCCAGCUUUAAUUUGAUCUUAUCGGUCGACUUCCUGUUGAAGUUGCAGCAAUUCCUGCAGCCAGAAGAACUGGCCGAGCAAAAGUCACUACAAGCAGCAGAAGUGGAGCAAACAGAGCGCUCACGGCGUGCUAGUACAUCCGCUGGCGCUGCCAAUCAACAGCAGGAGGCCGGACAAAUUACACUUAUUUUGAAGAUCGAGCAACCGGACAUUAUUUUGGUGGAAAAGAUGGAUGACAUCAAUUGUUAUGCGCUGAUUCUGAACAACGAAAUUGCACUGAAUGUUCGGCUGAUUGGAGAGCGGCAAAUCAUCAAGGGAGAGCUGAAGGAUCUCUGUUUGUACUAUGCCGAAUUUAAUCCCGAACGCCGGAACUCCACGAAACAUUACGUUGUUCGACCGUGUUCGAUUAGCUUAAACGGUUCGACACCCGAAGGGCUAGGUCUGCAUCUAAGCAUCAACUCUACUGAGAUUGAACUCUCAGUGUCACCGGCGGUGAUCGAACUGAUGAACAAUGCUCUGCAAACGCUAACCGCUAAGGAGCAGUCGAAAUUCAACGAAUCCGCAACGGCGUCCGAUUAUGAGCAAUUGUGGCAUGUGAAAGAGUUCGAUCCAGAUCAAUAUUGGUUCAUCCAACCGGAAAUGGCGGAAGACGCGUUGAGCUUGGAAUCAAUGCGAACCAUCGAGAUCAAAGAAGAAAAGUGCAUGAUCGACAUACCGUGUAUCUCGCUGAUUGUUGAAACUGGGCUAGGUACGAACACGAUUCCGAUGCUAUACAUCAACACUAGUUUGGAAGGAUCGGUUGCUAACUGGAGUUCGGAAAUGAAGAUAAAUAGCUCUCUGCGGUUGAGCAUGUCGUACUACAACCAGGCACUCGCUCUUUGGGAGUACGUUAUUGAGCCAAACGUAAUGGAACAACCGAACGGGCAGAUCACAAAUAUUCCUUGGGAGCUGACGUUUGAUUUGGAAGUGGAUCACCACGAAGAUCGGUCACGAGAACCGACUACCCGGAUUCAUAUCGCUUCAAGGGACAGUCUGGAAAUGACGGUCACUAAAACAUGUCUAGACGUAGUGCAGAAUCUCGGCAAAGCCUUUUCUGAGGCUAUAAAACGGGACGGAAUAAUCAAAUCAGAAAUACAAGCCCCAUAUGUUGUGCGCAAUGAUACCGGUCAGGAUGUGAAGGUGAAUUUGGCUGCUAGUGAUUUCAACAUACACCGUUCCCAUCUCAGCUCAACGAAUCUGGACGAUCUGAUUGCGUUCGAACAUUCGGUAGAUGAAGAACAGUCGGUAAGCAAUUGCAUUGUAAUGCCAAACGGACGAUUACAAUUGCAACCGAAACAGCACAGCUCCGAAAGAAGUACAAUCCUCACAGUGCUGGACGAUAACGACACUAGCAAGCGUAUGUUUGUAAAGGUGAUUGUAGGGGAUACGGAUAAAGAACUGACGCUGCCGGUGUAUAAAUCCGACAAACGAUACUUCCCGCUGUUUCGCAACACAGGCCAAGAAGCAUGGGGAAUCAUUUCGGAGGUGAAAAUCGAACACGGUUGUACAGUGCUGGUGCUUCGUAGCAUUGUGCAGGUGUACAAUCACUUUACCGUCCCAAUAGAUGUGUUUCAGUAUAUCGACCAUGAAAAGUAUCUUAUCGGCGAGGUGCGUGCGGGUGGUUAUUUAAAUGUACCACUGUACUACCUGUACAACGACUCCAGGGAGUUGCACUUUUCGAUAAAAGGCUACCACUCCUCAGCACAAGGAAUCAGUUGGAAAGAAUCGCCCAACAGUUUCGAGCUAAUGAAGGCACUCCAGUGUGAUCCCAUAAAAACAUUCGAACCGUUUUAUAUAAAUGCUGUUCGGCAACGUCAGGACGUGUUUUACAUGAUAUCAUCUAACCAUACAAUGUUAAGUGCAUGCUACGAAAUUCACCUACGGCCACCGUUUAUGCUGCGAAACGCAUUGCCAAUCGGGCUUACCAUUUCUGUUGCCGGGUGCUCCGUCCGUCGCGAAUUGGAUACUGGCUUGGUGACCAGCAACGAAAGCCUUUCGAACGCUUCGACCGUCGCAGGAGAAGAUUAUUUGGAUUAUGGAGAAAAAUUGCUUCGACCAGGAGAAUUAUUGCAUCUGCCGACUGUCAAAACGUCUGCCCGAUCUGCAACAGAAACUUCGUACAUUGUGGCAAGACUUGUUGACUAUCUGGAUAAAGAUUGGUCGUGCACAACGGAUAUACCUGCUCAACCUCCAGAAUUUGGCGUGUGGACAUUCAACGCAUACGAUUCCGUGGAGGUUAUGUCAUUGCAACUCGGAGUAAAGUAUGAAAAUCGUGCGGAUGGUUUAACCUUGAUCGUGUACUGUCCAUUCUGGAUGCUAAACAAAACAGGACUAAUGCUGAGCUAUCGGAAAUCCAGCAAAACGGAGAAGAAAGAGUUAGCCGGUAAAACUAAUUACAAGCUUCCAUCGAAGUAUAUGUGUCCGAUGCUUUGGAAAUUAUUAAACAGUUGUGUGUCCAAGGAAGAAGCAAAUGACGAGAAUACCAAUAUUCUCUACCAUCCACCAGAAUACGAGGGACCAAUAUUGUUUUCGUUCCGCGAAAAGGUAUUCUUUGGCAAGAAGAAGGCAGCCAUUCGGGUGGACACCGGCGAAUGGAGCGAUAAAUUUUCGUUGGAUGUGGCCGGUUCUAGUGGCGUAGUGUUGUGCCAGGCUAAUAACAUGACGUACCAGAUUGGAGUGAAUAACACCCUGACGCACAAUUCGCUCACGAAGCAGAUUGUCUUCAUGCCGUACUUUGUGCUGAUUAAUCGGGCAAACUUUGAUGUCGAAGUGCAAGAGUAUCUUCGGCCAGGCGAUCCGUGGACAAAGGUGGGUGUCAACGAAUGUGUCCCGCUGUGGCCGAAAACGGAGGACAAUCGUAUGCUGAAAGUGAAGAGCUGCGAUCGGCCCGAAGUGACGGCACCGUUCAAAUACACCGAGGUGCAGUGCACGCUGCUACAGUUGCGCAACCGAUACGGGGGUAUUAACGUGGACGUUCACGUUACCGAGGGUGCAAUUUACAUCACCUUCACUGGUUACUAUCCCGGCGAUGCACCGGCACUACUAAUGAACCACACGUGCGAACCAUUCGCAUUCAAGGAAAAGGGCGAUGUAAACGGGAAAAUAUUGAUGCCAUCGCAAAAAGUACUCCAUACGUGGAUAGAUCCUGCCGGAGAACGCAAGAUUGUGUGGGAAAGUGGAUCGAAGGCGCAACCGAUCGAGAAUGAUCUGCGACGGGACGGUAUCAGUGAGUUUAAAUCGCCAACGGAUAGCGUCAUCUAUUGGGUAUCGUUUCUGAACGGCACUCAACGCGUGCUGCUCAUAACGGACAACUGCAACAUCGCGUACGGAGUGCACAGUGCUAGCCGGCUUGACCAGGUGACGCAGGAAGUGAAGUUGGAAAUACACGGGGUCGGGCUAUCGCUGGUGAACAAUGCUAAACCGACUGACCUGAUGUACAUCGGUAUCGCCAGCUCCGGGGUGAUUUGGGAGGAACGUAAACGGUCCGGUCGGUUCCGCCAGAUGAAGAUCCAGGAAACGAUUAACAUGGAGAAUCAGUAUCAGCAGUACCUGCGCGAUCAGGAGGUAGGAACGGUGGCAAACAAACGUUACGUGCUGGACAGUGAAUCGCGCCAACAAAUCGACUUCCAGAACAUGAUCAUUCACAAAUCGACUGAGCGGUCGAUCAAGCGUACGUUCUAUCCGGGGCUAUGGGUAGAAAUCAAAUCGUCCAGCCAUCAGCUACAGUUCCACGCGAAGAUUAACCGAAUUCAGAUCGACAAUCAGCUGGUGGAUUGUAUAUUCCCCGUUGUGCUGGCACCAGUACCGCCACCGAAGAGUGUAGCGGCAACGACUGAAUUUAAGCCGUUUGUCGAAAUGAGCAUGGUACAGCGUAUCAUUCCACAUUCAAACAUUAAACAGUUUAAGUAUCUACGCGUCCUGAUUCAAGAGUUCCACGUGAAGGUGGAUCUGCUGUUUAUAAAUGAAAUCUGUGAAAUGAUCAGCAGUGAGAUCACCGAAACAGAAGCGAAACGAUUAUUUGCCGAGGAUCUGAAGCUUCAAACACAACCACUUCACGCACACGUAGCCAUCCAAUCGCAGCAGGAAGUAAAGAACUUCUACGACAAUCUUCACCUGGGGCCGCUCAAAAUUCACGUCAGCUUCUCCAUGGCUGGUUCCGAAUCGAAGGCUCUGCCAGGAAUCUUGUCGACGAUUCUGCAGGGCGUUGGUGUGACGCUGACCGACAUCAACGAUGUCGUGUUUCGGUUGGCCUUCUUCGAACGUGAAUAUCAAUUCUUAACCCAACGACAGCUGGUUUCAGAGUGUGUUGCGCACUAUAGCGGACAGGCGGUAAAGCAGCUGUACGUGUUGGUACUUGGGCUGGACGUGAUCGGGAAUCCGUACGGCUUAGUGGUUGGGUUUACCAAAGGUGUGGAAGAUCUGUUCUACGAACCGUUCCAGGGUGCCAUACAGGGUCCGGGAGAGUUCGCCGAAGGUUUAGUUCUGGGGGUAAAGUCCUUAUUCGGUCAUACGGUUGGUGGUGCGGCCGGAGCCGUUUCGAAAAUAACCGGUGCCAUGGGCAAAGGCUUGGCUGCAUUGACGUUCGAUGAUGACUUCCAGAAGAAGCGUCGCGAUGCGAUGAACAAAAAACCGGCCAGUCUGCAGGAGGGGAUAGCUCGCAGUGGCAAGGGGCUGGUGAUGGGUGUGUUCGAUGGUGUCACGGGUGUGUUUACCAAACCGAUCAGCGGCGCCAAAGAGGAAGGCGUGGAAGGAUUCUUUAAGGGUCUGGGCAAAGGUGCCGUUGGUCUAGUGGCCCGUCCAAUCGCCGGUGUGACGGAUUUCGCUAGCGGUAGUUUCGAUGCCGUUAAGCGCGCUACAGAGUUGUCUGAUGAGGCUAUUCGUCUGCGACCUCCACGAUACCUGCACAAGGAUGGUAUUGUGCGACCGUACAAUCGAAAAGAAGCGGAAGGUUGUAAACUGUUAAGGGAAGUUGAUAAAGGGAAGUUUGCUGCCACGGACGCGUACGCUUAUUACGAGGUGAUCAUUGACAAAAAGGACGUCGUCGUCCUGACGGACAGUCGCAUUAUCUAUGCUACAAAAAGUGAAAUGUUUGGUGGAUGGCAGUCCGAGUGGACACACAAAUGGACUGAAGUCAUGAGCAUCUCCACUUUGAACGAUGGCGUCGAGCUGCUGUUACACAAUCGCGAUGGAAAGAAAACAUUGAAAAAAAUGUUCGGUUCAUCAGGACCUACCAAAAAGAUUCUCCUCAUAUCGGUCGCAGCCAGACGAGCUAGACUCGCUGAAGAAAUGCAACAAUUGUUGGCGAAGGUUCAGCAACAUACUUAG